CCCGCGGCGGCUUCGACGUAGUAUGUUGACAGUGCCACAGCCAGAGCGGCGAAGAUAGCAUGCCCAGUCAGUCCAGCACUUGAUAAGGGCAUCCUUCGAGGACGCAAAGCGCUCUGUCAAUUCGAUAACGCCCAGCUCGUGCCGAUAGCGUGUUUCCCACACCGACCCCGGGCCAAAAACCUUUCGCAGGGUCGAGGUCUAUCAUCCUUCACAUUCUGUGGACCGACCAGAACAUUUUAGCAGUCGUGGUCGAAGCGGGUACCCCCUACUGAGACGGGCGUCCGUUAGUGAGCUGUGGGGAUCGGCCAUUAGGGCGUUAUUUGACCAGAGGCGCAAAAGCGGCAGGGUGUGUUUGUUACUGAAUGGUUCGUUUUUUGGUGGUGCGUGCUCGUGUGGUGCCACAGCGAGUGUGCAAGAUGGUGCGUUCCGCCGACUGAAGACGUCUAAGGAGCUACAGAAAUACACUGAUACCGUUUGAACGAUCACAGAGCCUCGGAAGAAGCUGGCUACGUCAAGCCAUGGAUCCGGUAGCCCGGAUGUCGUUUCGCUGCACGGACUUCUCCUUGGAAGUUUUCGCGCUCUUCUUCAGCGUAUCUCAAGCGACGUCAGCCUCCUUACUUCAACUCCUGCUCGAGAUCAGCAGCUGCCUCAGCAACGCUACCACCGCACCCGACAGUUCAGACAUAGCGCAAUGCGUAGCAAUCGUCAACAACCGGACAGCACCGGUCGGCGGACAAGCGGAAGAAGCCGUUCCACUGCAAGACAUCGUCUUCAACCUCCCAACCAUCAGCCUCAUGUGCUCCCUUCUCAUCUGCGUGCUCCUCGGGGGAUGGUCUGACUCCCAUGGUCGAAAGCCACUCUUCAUCCUUCCCAUCCUUGGCGCUCUCUCGAAGGACAUCUCAAGCGUCAUCUUUGUCCUUACAGAGUUUCUUUACGAAGGACCCAUUUACGCCAUCACGAUCGUUUCGGGGAUCCUGGGCGGCGUCAACCUCUUCAUGGCGGGCGCGCUGUGCCAUGUCAGUGACAACUCGGACCACAGGACUAGAACGCUCCGGUUCGGCGUGCUGUCCUUCGUCUUCUUCGUUGGCGGUGCGAUUGCGACGUUCUUCGAGAAGGCCUGGAAGCCCGCGAUGACGACCGGCACGUCGUUGACGAUGGUCGGCGGAGGACUGUUUACCGUCCUGAUGUUCGUCGAUCUGGUCUGUCUGAUCGGAGUGACAGUCUGGGUGAAGGAAUCGCUGCGCGUUCUGCCCGGGUACAGCGGCAACCCUUUCCAGAACUUCGUGUCCCUGCACUACGCGAAGAAAGUGCUGGAUGUUGUGUACAGGAGACGGAAUCUCAACGGCAGGUCGUUCGUCAUCUUGCUGUGCCUGGUGUUUUUGCUGAGUCGCUUUGUCUACUGUGGCGAGCAGGAGGUCUGGGCCGAGUACCUGUACGGCCGCUUCAGCUGGACGCACCAGACGUCGCUGCUGCUGGGGCUCCAAUUUCUGUGCGAGGCCACACUCACGCUACUGGCGGUCUGCCUCGCCAGGAAGAUGGGUAUCCAGGACUCGUCGCUCGCCAUCGCGGGAACGCUGUCCUUCGUCGCUUCGUCGGCACUCAAGGCGCUCAGCCUCUCUGGAAGCAGCAUCGGAUUCGCCGUCAUUAUCGGCGCCUUGUCGCCCCUGAUGACCAUUGCAGCCCUGGCCCUGCUUUCGAAAUUGGUUCAGCCUGAAGAAAUGGGAUGCCUGUUUGCCAACGUGGCUGUGCUGAGUGUCGUGGCGCCCGUCCUGGCCACCGUCGUGUACCGGGAGUUAUUCGCGGCCACCUGGUGGAAGGCGUCCCAGUUGGUCUACCUCCUCUCCAUCCUCGUGGCGACAGUCGUAUGCCUGCUGCUGGUGUACGUCCGCAGAAACCUACACGUUGGAGUUCUGGGCAUCCUACUGCAAGAAGAGAAGGUCCCCCUCCUAGGAAGUAUGGAUUCAGUGACGGGAGCUGCUGUCUUCUAAAAAAAAAAGGGGGAAAAACAACAUUGUACGCAGUGUGCACAUUCGGCAUGUUUUGGUUGUCUUCUAGCUGCAAGCAACGUUUUAUUGUUUUACCUUUUUUGUUAUGUCGCCGUCUGUAUUGCGUAAUAAAGCCAUUUGUAAAAUAA